AUGUUUAUAGUUGGACUCACUGGUGGAAUUGCGUGUGGAAAGUCCACCGUGUCCUCCAUUCUGAAGGAAAAACAUGGCGUUGAGAUCAUUGAUGCCGACGUCAUUGCCCGAGAGGUUGUUCAACCAGGUGAAUACGCCUACGAUCAAAUCAUCAGCCAUUUUGGCCCGUUGAUUCCAAAUCUGAUCAAUGACGAUGACAAAUCGUUGAACAGAGCAGCUCUAGGGUCGUUUGUUUUCGGUGAUAAAUCGCAAUUAAAGGUGCUGAAUGGGAUAACUCAUCCAGCCGUGAGAAGAAGAAUCCUCUAUAAGUUGGCUCAAAACUACUUUAAGCCUUUGGUCGUUUUGGACGUGCCUUUGUUAUUUGAAAGUGGGUUGGACAGGCUGUGCAACUUUGUAAUAACAGUAGGAUGUGCACAGGAAACCCAGCUACAGAGACUAUUGGAGAGAAAUCCACAGCUAAGUGAAGAAGAAGCACAUCAGAGAAUCAACUCACAGCUAUCAAUGGAGGAAAGAACCAGGAGAGCAGAUCAUACAUUGGAUAACUCUGGCUCUCUAGACUCACUAAAGAGUCAGGUGGAAUCUGUCAUCGAUGAGUUGACUCCAAAUUGGUUCAGUUAUUUCAUCGCAAUCUUUCCACCAACAUGGUUAUCAAUGGCAAUCUACAACUACUGGGUUAGAACGAGAUUAUCUUCAUUAUCAAAAACGUGUAAACCAAAGCAAAGUUGA